AUGGACGCGGCCCGCCUUCGUACGGCGGCUGACGAGCCCGUCGCAGCACGAAGUAGUGACGACGAGGGUGAGGACCUGAUGAAAGAGUCAGGCAAUGUCCUCGGUCUCGAUAGUAGCGACGAAGAAGACGAUGACGAUGAUGAAGAAGAGCAACGCCGUGUUGCGGAAGGUUUCAUUGAUGACGAUGUUGAUGAAGAGGAUGGUGAAGAGGAGCGGUCACAUAAGCGUAAGCGGCGUUACCGCCACCGUGAUAUGGAAGAAGAGCUAGAUGAAGAUGACCUGGCUCUGCUUUCGGAAAAUACACGUCCAGAGGCUGCGCGCAAUAAGCGCGCACGACCAGGCUCCGAUGGCCAUCGCGAAGAGGAUCUGGCGCAUAUCUUCGAUGACGAGGAGGAUGCGAACGCCAUGCCCUUGGAUCCAUACGAUGACGAGCUGGACGAUUUCAUUGAGGACGAUGAAGAAGAUGAAGAGCUGGCCGGCCUUAACGAAGAGGAACGGGAAGCCAAACGUCGUGAGCGUCUUGAGGAGCGGCGACGUGCGCGUGCAUCUGGAGCGCGCGUUGACCCUCGUAAGGUCGGUAUGGACCUGGAGGCCUGGGACGAAGUGCAUGACAUCUUUGGCAACGGCGAGGAUUAUGCCUGGGCCCUCGAAGAAGAUGAAGAAGAGGGCGAGGAAAGCCAGAAGGCGCGUAUGGAAUAUAAAGAUAUUUUCGAGCCUGCCCAAAUUCAAGAGCGCAUGCUCACCGAUGAAGACGAUCGGAUCAAGCAGAUUGAUAUCCCUGAACGAAUCCAGCUUGCAAUCCCCGGUGAGGAUGGCUUGAAGCUCUUGGAACGGAAGCUCACUGAGGCAGAGUUGGAUGAUGCGACGCAGUGGGCGUCCACACGUAUCUCUCCUCGCUGCACGGCGGAAUUCCUGGACGAUGGAGCUACGCAUGCGCGACUACGUGGUGAAUGGCAUAUGUGUGUUCGUCAAAUGCUCUCCUAUAUGCUUAACGACUUGCUGGAAGUCUCGUUCCUAACGCAGCAUCGGCUUGAUGAGCUUGAGCGGACGCAACUGGAAGGGACACAGAAAUCGACUGCGACGCUGCUUGUGCGUCAGGAACUGCUUACUCUGAGUACGCUGGGCAUCAAGUACAAACUUUUGCUGGCACGCAAGGAUGCGCUGCGCCAGACAUUUGAGGAGCUCGCUGCGACGUACCCUCCCUCGACACCUGAGAUGGAUGAAGCGCGUGCGAUUGUGGAAGAGCUGAUUGCACAGGCGGGUUCAUUGGAAGAAGUUAGUGACAUCUCUGAAUGGCUUGCAAUGCGCUUUGGCGAGCGUUUCCGUGAAGCAACGGCGUUGGCCAAGUCGCAAGACAUUUCGACACUUAAGCGUCCGACUGUGGUGAGUGAGUACGAGCAGCGUAAGCACACGCCGCUCGCACAGUUGGUGCAACGGAUGGGUCUGUCCUCCUCGCAACUGGCGGCCAAUGUAGCUGGUGAUCUGCGUCACCAUGUGCCAGAGGAUGAGGCUUUGGCUCCUAGUGCUGUGGCAGAAGAGUAUGUCGGCACUGCGCCUGGUGCCGUUGAUGCCAAGGCCGUUUUGGCGCUGGCACGUACCAUGUUAGCGCAUGAAAUCGGCAAGGAGCCUGCACUACGUCGGGAGGUCCGUACAAUGUUCCGCACGUCGGCACUGCUGGACGUGGAGCCGACAGAGCGCGGUAUGACUCGCAUUGAUGAGACGCAUCCAUACUACAGCUUCAAGUUUCUGCGUGGCAAGCCCGUCGCUGCGCUACUUCAAAAUGCCUCGCAGCUUCUGCAGAUCGUCAAUGCGGACGAAGAGCGUCUUGUGCACGUGACGCUGCGUCUACCGACGGAGAUGGCCAACGUGCUGGAACGUCGGUUGCAGGACCAGUUUGUGAGCGAUGGCGUAAGCGCUUUGUCGCAAGCAUGGAACGACGAGCGUCACGCUGUGAUUGAAGAGGCCUGUGCGUCGUUCCUGCUUCCCCUAGGUCGUGCGUGGACGCGUGAAUGGUUGGUCGAAGAGUGUCGUGAAUCGCUCUUGCGGCACUGUGAGCAGCGCCUGACGCAGCGUGUGGAAGGUGGGCCUGUGCAAUCGGCUGGUAUGAUAAGUCGGCAGGGCGAUCCCGCUGUGGAAAUUGCAUCGCACGUACCGCGUGUGCUGGCUGUGUCGCACGGUACUGGUGAUCCUCGACGCAGUGAGAUCUGUGCGAUCUUUUUGGACGAGUUUGGCCGCUUGCUGGACCGUGCUACGUACGAUACAUUGCGGGCACCGCGUGCGGUGAAUGACGAAGAGACGCCUGAAGCCAACCCGCAAACCCAGUUCCUCGCACUGCUGCGUCGUCGUCGUCCCGAUGUCGUGGUCGUGAAUGGAUUCAGUCCGCGUUCGCAGGAUUUGAAGAACCAAAUCCAAGAGUUGGUUACACGUGCGCUCGAGGAGCGGAUCCAGGAAGAGCAGCUGGAGGGAGCCGCCAUUGAGCAUGCGCGUAUCGACGUGGUGAGUGUGUAUGAUGAUGUCGCGCGUUUGUACCAGCACAGUGCGCGUGCAGCCACCGAGUUCCCGGAGCUGAGUGUAUUGGCGCGCUACUGUGUGGGAUUGGCGCGGUAUGCGCAAUCGCCCGUGAAUGAGUUUGCCGCGCUGGGCGCGGAUGUCACGGCGGUGCAGUUUGAUCCCGCUCAGCGUUUGCUUCCGACCGAUCGUUUGCGGUCGCACUUGGAGCGUGCGAUUGUGAUGCUUGUGAACGAUAUCGGAGUGGAUCUGCAUGCGGCACUCACCGACUCGUACACCCAGUGCCUGCUGCCGUUCGUCGCGGGUCUGGGGCCACGUAAAGCGCAUGCGUUGGUGCACGCGAUCCAGACGCGUCUGGAUGGAGUCGUGAUCAACCGAGAGGUGCUGGUACGCCGUGGGAUUCUGCCGUUUGUGGUGUGGAACAAUGCCAUUUCGUUCUUGCGCAUUGAUCAAGAUGCGGCGACAGACAUGCUGCUGGAGGAAGAGGCGCAACCGGAUGUGCUUGACACGACGCGGAUUCAUCCAGAAGACUACGACUUCCCUCGCCAAAUGGCCCGUGAUGCGCUGAACAAGCACGAAGAGGACCUGGAAGGCGAGCAUCCCAGUGUGGCUUGUGCGGAGAUUAUGCAGGAUGCCCACCCUGCCGAGAAGUUGGCGGCGCUGGAUUUGGACCACUAUGCGGCGAUGUUGUGGGAGAAGCGUGGUUUGCGCAAGCGACUUACGUUGUUCUCGUGCAAGCAGGAACUGAUCCGGCCCUAUGACGACUGGCGUCUGUCGCAGACGCUGCCCAAUACGGAAGAGCUGUUUACGAUGUUCACAGGCGAGACGCGUCGUACGCUCUCAGAAGGCUACGUGGUCCCUGCGACGGUGACGCGCGUGGAAGAGGGCCGCGACAUGGAAGGGUUCCUCCGUGUGCGCCUGGAGUCCGGCUUGGAAGGCACCAUUGCCGGCCGUGAUAUUAUGCCCGGCUACAAUGCGCGAGACGUGCGUCUUCGUCGCCUAUUCCGCUCUGGCCAGACGCUCAAUGCCGUGGUCGUGCAGCUGGACCUGCAUCGUAUGCGGGCAGAGCUUAGUCUCCGGUCCGAGGCGUUUGAGCAUGUGAACCCUGCGCAAACGCACACACCUGUGGACCCUGUAUACUUUGACCACGAUCGCGCCCAGCUCGCGAGCGAAGCAGCGGAAGAACGCGCUCGCCGUCGUCAUCAGAGCCGCAUUGGCCGUCGUGUGAUUGACCACCCGAACUUCCACAACUUCAAUGCCGUGCAGGCGCAGCACUUCCUCGCGACGCAGCCACGUGGCGCUGUGGUCGUGCGGCCCAGUUCGCGGGGGAUGGACCAUUUGGCGGUGACGUGGAAAGUGGACGAGGGUGUGUACCAGCACAUUGACGUGCUGGAGCUCGACAAGGAGAACGACCAUGCGCUUGGUCGUAUUUUGCGUGUGGCUGAUAUGGGCUCGUACGCGGAUUUGGACGAUCUCAUUGUAAACCAUGUGCGACCGAUGGCGGCUAUGGUCGAGAUGAUGAUGAACCAUGAAAAGUACAAGGGGGCCGACGAAGAGGCGCUGCAUACGUACCUGACCAAUGCCUCGCUGGCCAACCCGAAUCGUUCAGUGUAUGCAUUUGGCCUGAACAAGGAUCAUCCUGGCUACUUCAACUUGGCGUUCAAGGCGAAUAGCCAGGCUCCUAUUCAGACGUGGCCUGUCAAGGUCUUGCCAGGUGCCUUCAAGUUGGGACAGGCGACACAGCUGGCCGAUGUCGCAGCCCUCAGCAAUGCGUUCAAGACACAGUACAUGGCACAGAUGAACGCGUCGCGAGGUGGUGGCGCUGGUGGACGUACGCCCGCGCUGCAUGCCGGUGGCGGCGUAACACCAGGCUACUAUGGCGGUGGAACGACCCCUGGUGGUGCGUACUAUGGCGGACGGACGCCAGGAUCGUACGCGGCCAUGCCGCCAGGGCCGCCGCCCAGCAUGCCGCCGCCGCCGUCGCGCGGAGGUUGGUAG